AUGAUAUCCCCAAAGUCAACAGAAAAAUCGAUGGAUCUGCUCAGCCCGAGCGGCGGCUGCGCAGUCCCGCUGGGGGAGGGCGUCGGGGACCUCGACCGGGGCGCUGGGGCCUCACCUGGGCAGACGGUCGGCGCCGCGCCCGCAGUCGGUGCUCAGCCGGCAGCGAUGUCUGUCGAGGCCGCAGACCCCGCUGAGGCUGCGCCGGUGGCCUCUGCGGAAGCACAGGAGACUGGAGCGGCCGUGGCCAAGGACAGCCCGGUGGACAUGGGGCCCCAGGAGACGGGAGCCCCCGCCUCACCCCGCCAGAAGUCCUGGCUGGUGCGGCAUUUCUCACUGUUGCUGCGGCGGGACCGACAGGCCCAGAAGGCGGGGCAGCUCUUCUCGGGGCUUCUGGCCCUCAACGUGGUGUUCCUGGGCGGUGCCUUCAUCUGCAGCAUGAUCUUCAACAAUGUGGCCGUGACGCUGGGCGAUGUGUGGGUCCUGCUGGCUGUGCUGAAGGCCCUCUCCCUCCUCUGGCUACUCUACUACGUGGCGGGCACCACCCGCCGCCCACAUGCCGUGCUCCACCGGGACCCUCGUGCGGGACCCAUUUGGGUGCGGGGUUCCCUGUUGCUCUUCGGCAGCUGCACCGUCUGCCUCAACAUCUUCCGCGUGGGCUACGACGUGAGCCACAUCUACUGCAAGUCACAGCUGGAGCUCAUCUUCCCCACCAUCGAGAUCAUCUUCAUCGGCAUCCAGACCUGGGUGCUCUGGAAACACUGUAAGGACUGUAUUCAGGUCCAGGCCAACCUCACUAGGUGCGGCCUGAUGCUGACCUUGGCCACGAACCUGCUGAUGUGGGUUCUGGCCGUCACCAAUGACUCCCUGCACCGCAAGAUCGAGGCGGAGCUCAAUGGCCUCAUGGACAAUUUCUCAGGCAACACCACCAACACCUGCCUGUGCCUCAAUGCCACAGUGUGCGAGGUCUUUCAGAAGGGCUACCUGAUGCUCUACCCCUUCAGCACCGAGUACUGCCUCAUCUGCUGUGCUGUGCUCUUUGUCAUGUGGAAGAACGUGGGCCGCCGCCUGGCACCCCAUGCGAGCGCCCACCCCAGCCCCCCACCCUUCCACCUGCGCGGAGCCAUCUUCGGGCUGCUGCUGGGCCUGCUGGCCCUGGUGGCCGGCGUGUGUGUCUUCGUGAUCUUCCAGAUUGAAGCAAGUGGCCCUACCAUCGCCCACCAGUACUUCAUCCUCUACUACGCCUUCUAUGCAGCUGUGCUACCCACCAUGAGCCUGGCGUGCCUGGCAGGCACAGCCAUCCACGGGCUGGAGGAGAGAGAGCUGGACACGCUCAAGAACCCCACCCGCAGCCUGGAUGUGGUGCUGCUCAUGGGGGCAGCGCUGGGCCAGACGGGCAUCGCCUACUUCUCCAUCGUGGCCAUCGUGGCCACGCACCCCCACGGGCUGCUCAACCGCCUGGUCCUGGCCUACUCGCUGCUGCUCAUCCUGCAGCACAUGGCCCAGAACCUCUUCAUCAUCGAGGGCCUGCACCGGCGCCCGCUCUGGGAGGCAGCUCCCACUGAGGCGGAGCCGCACGGCCGGGGCUCCCCGCCAGAGCUGGGCCCGGGCCUGCAGCGGGCCUCGUGCGCCUCCCCCGGCUACUGCAGCCGCCUCAAUUGGAAGCGGCGGGCACUCCGGGAGCUCUCACUCUUCCUCAUCCUCUGCAACAUCACGCUGUGGAUGAUGCCUGCGUUUGGCAUACACCCCGAGUUUGAGAACGGACUGGAGAAGGACUUCUAUGGCUACCGGACGUGGUUCACCAUCAUCAACUUUGGCCUGCCACUGGGGGUCUUCUACCGCAUGCACUCUGUCGGGGGGCUUGUGGAGGUUUACUUGGGGGCCUGA